AUGGCUUCUCCCGUCAUCCACAACCGUGGUGGACCUGUACAGACGGCGCAUCCCGGAGUAUUCACCUGUACGCAGUCCAUCUGCUCAGACGCCGGCUGCGUGGACAACAAUUUACAGUUUGAAUGCAUUUCGCAGGUCAUGGAAGGAUACGACAUCUCCUUUCUCGGUUUAACCAUGGAAUGUGACGGAGAUACGAGUGGAUAUCCGUACUUGACCUGUACUUGCAUCGAGGAUUUUGUCAACUGCGAUGAUAACGGUGCUCUUCAAGGCCAGGGAAGUCCCAGCGUCGUCGGCGCAAGUGGCUAUGCUUCGGCCACCACGGUGAUUGGAAAGAAAGCAGGGGAUGCACAAAAUACACAGGCUGCACAGAGUCAAUCAAGUUCCAAGAGUGCUGCUAAUAAGCUUAGAUGGCAGCUAAAGAGUCAUGCGCUCAACGAAUGCAAACAGGUCAAGGAGACUCUUGUCAAGCAUCUCGACAUCAACUUGACCGUUGUAGACGGAGCUAAACUGUUCCUAAGCCGCCUCAAGGGUGUCGACGAGCCAGAGAAGAAGCGCAAGAUCAUCGAGGGAACCUUCAUUGAUCUCUUCCAAAAAGAAGCUCUUCGGAUCGAGAAGGAGACUGAAGACGCCCUUGACGCAGGCCCAGUCGAAUGGUUCUUGCAAGGCACUUUGUACCCUGAUAUUAUCUGGAAAUCUGGUAAAUGUGUCGGCCCAGUAUUCACCAUAACUCCCCGUUGGCACCGUAAACCGCAGCCGCUGAAUAUCGGCCGCAUGCGGGGCAAGCCGUCCCAUCUUCUCGUCUUGGAGGCUGAUCAUGUCCUCGUCAAAUUUGACCCAGAUGUACCGAGCCUCGGAGUCACCGGGCAAGGUGGUGAAGAAGGCUUUCCGGUAUGGGGCGAGUUGACGGGACUCUCAGCAGACAUGCAUGAGUUCCGCCUGUGGAAUCAUGGAGGCAUAGUGAUUGUAGCUGUUCCCAAGUGUGUCUGACUUGGGAGUUAUGCGGAUGUGGAGGAGACGUGGGUACACUGCCAAGGCCCAAAUUUGGCUGCGAAUCUCGGAUGGGAGGCGCGGGAAGGGAUGAAAGGUAGUGGCCAUUGUGAGUGAUUCUGUUGACUGCUGUUUCGUAUGUGUGAUCCCGCAAGUGAGCUGACUAUCAAAUUCUCAAUGUCACAGCCAACAGGGUGGGUAAUAGUAAGAGUUGCUGCGGACUUCGGUUCGGUCAAGGGAAGUGGUCGGUCCGGCGAAGCUGGCUGUGUUCUGCUCGAUAGUUUGGGAAGUUCCUG